ACACAACUCGUAACCAUCGACACAGAUCUCAUCAUGACAGGGGACAGGGCCCUCAUCGUCGCCAUCUCCGGGUGCUCAUCUAGCGGCAAGACGACCCUCGCUCGGUUGCUGCGCGACAUCUUCCCCAACACGUUUAUCCUGCAUGAGGAUGACUUUUACAGACCUGAGGCUGAACUGCCUAUGAGAGAUGGCCUACUAGACUGGGAUUGCCCAGAGGCCAUCGAUAUCCCUGGCAUGGCUGAUUCCUUGGCUCAUAUCCGUCAGCAUGCCUCGUUCCCUGUAAGCCUCCUCUCUUUCAACUGCGAAGUUCUGAGACCAACUUUCCCUUCAAAGUCAACCCUCGAAUCCAAAGAGGAUCAGAAUUCUGUGGGCAAGUGCCCCGUCUCAGAGUCCACAAUCACCACCCAGCGAGCCAAAGUCGAAGCAGCCCUCGGCCCAGACCAUCCCCUCCACUCAAACCUCCGGCUGUGUCUAUUAGACGGAUUUUUACUCUUCUCGCCUUCAAUGGCCGCGAUAAAGCCAAACCUAGAUAUCAAACUGUUCCUGAGGACCACUUACGCAAAGGCCAAGGCGAGGAGAGAAGCGAGAGACGGAUACGUCACGUUGGAGGGCUUCUGGGCUGAUCCGCCUGGCUAUGUGGACAAGAUUGUCUGGCCAAACUAUGUGGAGCAGCAUGCUUGGAUGUUUCAGGGUGGUGAUGUAGAGGGUGAGUUCAAGAUGGAUGUGCUGGAGAAGGAGAGGAUCAAGGUGCAGGACAAGGUUGGUGUUGAUGGCGAUAUUGAAAAGACGUUUGAGUGGACUGUUGAUACUAUCUUGGAUGGGCUAAAAAGGCAGAUCUAA